AUGGAUACCACUUUGGUCUUCAGCCUAAUCAUUGCAUUUUAUGACUCCAAGAAAGACUUUGGAGAUAGCAGCUGCCAAGUAGAACAGUUGCCAGGGCUAUUCCCAAAGGAUGUGAGCAUCAGGAAUUUGUUAAUACAAGAAACACACACAGAAGCCAAAAUAGCCACAGUGAUCCAGAAUUGAACUAUGGCUACCCUACAGUGCCUUGGCUCUUGGAGUGAAGUAAAAAGUCAACCUUUUUAUUCAGAAAGGAAGCCAGAAGUCAAGUGUAUUCUGAAGAACUUGAGAGCCAUUGCUGCUCCCCAAAUUAACAGCUCUGCCACCGCCCCCCUAUGUUACUUAACCCCUGCAACCAAGUUACAGCCUGGAUCCUUUCUAACAGGCAAUGACCUUCACAACAUCUCUGAGAAAUACGCUGAGUAUUAUUUUAACCAUAUUACAGAUUUGGAAAACCAAAACUCUGAUAACUUGUCCAAAAUAAGUUUUCUUACCAGAGGUCUUCCAAUGCAGGGUCUACCCAGGAAAAAGAGUUUCCUCAGAGAUGUUUUUUACCACUACAACCUCCACAUUCCAGGGGAUAAUGGAGAUAAAACUACAAGUACUGACACAGAUGAGAACCUGGAGAAGAGACAGAAAUGGAGUGUUGUGGUCAAAGUUCUGACAGCUGCUAUGUUGUUGCUUGGUGGAAUUCCCAUAAUAGUAUUUGCCAUAGUUCCAUGCCCUGCAGCUUGGCAUAAGGAGGAGAGCAUGGAUUUUGGCACUCGUGUUCACUAG